AUGGAUCAGGACCUUAUCACUCUUGAUAUUCCAGAACUAAAUGAAAUUCCAAGCAUAGGUCUUGACGAUCUGGAUUCCCAGUACUCUGUAGAAAACGAGUCCAUUGAUUCCGGAAGCGGGGAGGUUGACAGCACAAACAUCGCCAAAAUACAUGAGUAUCUAGACAAAGACUUGAAAGAUCAGGAUCUUCUAAUAGAAAAGCUAAAGACAUUUGAAGAAAAGCUAGACAGCUACAUAAAUGCACAUGGAAUUUAUAGAACUUGA